AUGGCCGGCCGCUUUAUUCUCGCCCUCGUCGGCCUCGCCACCAGCACCGGCUGCUUCAUCGCCGACUGGAACGAAACACACAUCUACAACCCCAACUGGGCGCCACACGCCAAAUUCCACAAUGGACAAACCAUGUCCAUGGGCGCCUUGCUCGGCAUCACCACGCUGUACUUUCUCUACGGCCCACCGGCCUCGUCCUCGCUGCCGGUUUCGCAACAGCGAUCUGCGCUGUGGACGGCUGCGUGGAUUGCCAGUUUGUACUGGACAACGCAGUUUUCUGCGCUUUUUUAUCCGGGCUCGUUGGCCGUGGACCCGGAGUUUGGUGAAGGGCAGCCACAGGUUUAUUUGGUGUCUGGGUUUUUGAGUAUGACUAUUGUUGGGCUGUGGUUGGAGAGGAAGCGGCUUCAAAAUGUGGCUAAGGAGAGGGUUGAAUGA